AUGAAACAAAUACUUAGUAGUUUACUGUUAUUAACAGUUGUAUUAUUAUCGAUCAAUCAAUGUAGUGCACUCGAUUUAAAGACACCACAACAAGUAAGAUCAGUUGAUUUGAACCAAAUUCGUAUUCCAGAGAGAUUACCACUCAAGCCAGUCGGUGGUUUGCCAGAGUGUAUCAUCUGUAGUUUCGUAGUCGACAGAGUUGAGCACUAUCUCUUGAACAAAACCAAUGAAACCGAAAUCAUUGCCGAUUUAGAUAAGGAUUGUGGUGAUUUCAAAGAUGCUCAUGAUGUUGAAGUUUGUCAAGAUAUUGUAAACAAAUACUUGUCUACCAUCAUCAAGUUGUUGUUGAAUCACGAGAAGCCAGAGGCUAUCUGUGCCGAGCUGCACAUGUGUGGAUUGAUGAACAAACCAAACAUCAACAAUCACCAUCAAUCACAACACCGUAGAAUCUCUGCUGUACACAAAGAAGAAAUUAAAUCUAAAUCGAAACUAAUCCUUGAUCAAAUCAGAAAAAAGAUGAACUAA